UUGCUUUGAGAAGUGAAGAGACUGGUACUGAACAUCCAAAAGUCCGAUAUGAAACUGGGCAUCCACUGUUUAAAAGACUUUGAUCUUUUGGAGAUCUUUGUCACCAAAAGCAGAGAAUGGACACCGCAUUGGCUCAGUGUCUGACUCUAGAGCUCACUGCCCUGGGUUCAAGUUCUGCCCAGCUCCCUACUGCUUUGGGACCAUAUGCACACUUCAGGCCCUUGCUUCAUCGUCUUCACUGUAUAUUAGGAAACUAUUUCCCACUCAGAACAUUGUAAGGAGGAUUGAAGGAGUUAAAUGUAAAUUAUUUACAGGGAGUCUGCUACCUAACAAGCACUCGGUCAUAAUAACUGCAUACCAAACAAAACUUUCAGCAAGACUAGGAGAAAAGAGACCAUGUGAUACUUCAUGCUUCAUUCAUUUUCAAGUGACAAACUUCCCCAAAGCCACUUAGCUGAAAUUCAACUUGCCACAUGAUCACAGGUGACAAAUUUUAUUGCCUGUCAGGGCAUCCAACUUUACCUUGCAAUGUGCUUAAAUUCAAAUCUACCACUAUUAUGCUGGACUGCGGACUGGACAUGACUUCCACCCUCAAUUUCCUUCCUUUGCCUCUUGUUCAAAGUCCCAGGCUGUCUAAUCUUCCUGGCUGGUCUCUAAAAGAUGGAAAUGCUUUUUUUUUUUUUUUGCUAAAAGAAUGCUCCGGUCAUGUAUUUGUGGAUUCCGUGCCUGAAUUCUGCUUACCGGAGACCGAGCUAAUAGACCUGUCUACAGUCGAUGUGAUUCUCAUCUCUAACUAUCACUGCAUGAUGGCGCUGCCCUACAUCACCGAGCACACGGGAUUCACGGGCACAGUGUAUGCCACAGAACCCACCAUGCAGAUCGGCAGGCUUCUCAUGGAAGAGCUGGUGAAUUUCAUCGAAAGAGUGCCAAAGGCCCAGUCUGCCUCCUUGUGGAAGAAUAAGGAUAUACAGCGGCUGCUGCCUUCUCCUCUCAAGGAUGCAGUGGAAGUGUCAACCUGGAGAAGAUGCUACACAAUGCAGGAGGUGAACUCUGCCCUGAGUAAAAUCCAGCUGGUGGGAUAUUCUCAAAAAAUUGAGCUUUUUGGUGCUGUUCAGGUGACCCCUCUGAGCUCUGGCUAUGCCCUAGGAAGCUCCAACUGGAUUAUCCAGUCCCAUUAUGAGAAAGUGUCUUAUGUCUCCGGAUCCUCCUUGCUUACCACACACCCUCAGCCCAUGGACCAAGCUUCUCUCAAAAACAGUGACGUUCUGGUUCUCACAGGGCUUACGCAGAUCCCCACUGCCAACCCCGACGGCAUGGUGGGCGAGUUCUGCAGCAACCUUGCUCUGACAGUCCGGAACGGAGGGAACGUGCUGGUCCCCUGCUAUCCGUCAGGGGUGAUCUACGACCUCCUGGAGUGUCUGUACCAGUACAUCGACUCCGCCGGCCUCUCCAACGUCCCCUUCUACUGCAUCUCCCCGGUGGCCAACAGUUCGCUCGAGUUCUCCCAGAUUUUUGCUGAAUGGCUUUGUCACAACAAACAGAGUAAAGUGUAUCUCCCAGAGCCGCCUUUCCCACAUGCAGAGCUCAUUCAGACCAAUAAGCUGAAGCACUACCCCAGCAUCCAUGGAGACUUCAGCAAUGACUUCAGACAGCCGUGUGUGGUGUUCACUGGGCAUCCUUCCCUCCGGUUUGGGGACGUUGUCCACUUCCUGGAGCUCUGGGGGAAGUCCAGCCUCAACACUGUCAUCUUCACAGAGCCGGAUUUCUCCUACCUGGAGGCCCUGGCACCUUACCAACCACUGGCCAUGAAGUGCAUCUACUGCCCUAUUGACACUCGGCUGAAUUUCAUCCAGGUGUCAAAGCUGCUUAAAGAAGUGCAGCCCCUGCACGUGGUCUGUCCUGAGCAGUACACCCAGCCACCCCCAGCCCAGUCCCACAGGAUGGACCUCAUGAUCGACUGCCAGCCACCAGCCAUGUCCUAUCGGCGGGCUGAGGUCCUCGCCCUGCCCUUCAAACGACGCUAUGAGAAAAUUGAAAUCAUGCCAGAGCUGGCAGACUCCCUGGUGCCCAUGGAAAUCAAGCCUGGCAUCUCCUUGGCAACUGUCUCAGCUGUGCUGCACACGAAGGAUAACAAACAUGUGCUUCAGCCCCCUCCCCGGCCCGCCCAGCCCACCAGCAGUAAGAAGAGGAAGCGGGUGAAUGAGGAUGUUCCUGACUGCAAAGUGCUGAAGCCUCUGCUGAGCGGCUCCAUCCCGGUAGAGCAGUUCGUGCAGACCCUGGAAAAGCAUGGCUUCAGUGACAUUAAGGUGGAAGACACAGCCAAGGGCCAUAUUGUCCUGCUGCAGGAAGCUGAGACACUCAUCCAGAUCGAGGAGGACUCGACUCACAUCAUCUGCGACAGCGACGAGGCCCUGAGGGUGCGGCUGCGGGACCUCGUCCUCAGGUUCCUGCAGAAGUUCUGAGUGGGCGUCCUCCGCCACGGCCUCUGGCUUCCAGAGGGGAGCGGUGUCUCCGGCCAGGACCUGCACCUCCUUGUACUGCUGAAGCCAAGAACUUUCGGAGUCCUGUUCUUUUCGGUUCCGGAGCUCUCAAGCAGCUUGGGGGUGGCAGCAUUGACAAAAGCCCUUUCCUAGGGAAGUGGAAAAAUGACUGGCCUGCGUUUUCAGGGCUCGAAGGGGGCAGCUCUCGGACUUAAACCUGCCUACAGUGCUACACCUAACAAAGAACAGUCCCCCCAAUCAGAAACCUAACCUAUCCAGCUCUAUUCUGUGGCCCAUUUUGCUAAAAUAAACAUUAUUUUUAUAGAAGUA